UUGACGACAAGAGUUUCCUUUAAUUUUCUUUUCAUUCAAAUAACUCUACCUUUUGAAACUUUCUUGCUUUCUAGACUUGGAACAGCGAAUGAAAACAAAGGGCGUAGAAAUUGUGCCGUACAAGUAUAGUAACUACUUAAAUCUUGCUGCUCUGUGUUCAAUACAGCACAACUGGUAAACCAUAAUUCAUAUCUGAAAAAUCCUAAUGGGUGGUUACUUUCUCAAAAUCUUGUUUUCAUUGUUAGUGUGCUUUUUGCAUACUGAAAUAUCCAUUCUUGGAUUGAACUCUACAUCGGAGAUCUCACGUGUGAAAUGCAUUGAAAGUGAGAGACAAGCCCUCCUCAACUUCAAACGUGGCCUUGUAAAUGACUCUGGCAUGCUCUCUACAUGGAGGGAUGAUGAAAAUAACAGAGGUUGUUGCAAAUGGAAAGGCCUUCAAUGCAAUAAUGAAACAGGUCACGUCUCCAAGCUUGAUCUUCAUGGUCACUACCCACAACGUUUGUCAGGUGUAAUCAAUAUAUCUUCAUUGAUUGACUUGCAAAAUAUUGAAUAUUUGAAUCUUAGCAAUAAUGAUUUUGAAGGGAGUUACAUCCCAAAAUUUAUGGGCUCGUUCACCAACUUAAAAUAUCUUGAUCUAUCACGGUCGAGGUUUGGUGGGAGAAUUCCUUAUGAAUUGGGGAAUCUCUCAAAGUUGGAGUAUCUUGAUCUUAAAUGGAAUUCUCUUGAUGGAGCAAUACCUUCUCAACUAGGGAAGCUUACAAGUUUACAGCAUCUAGAUCUAAGCUUAAAUUCUCUUAGUGGAGAAAUCCCUUCUGAAGUAGGGGUGCUUACAAGCUUACAACAUCUAGAUCUAAGUAGAAAUUCUCUUCGCGGAGAAAUCCCUUCUGAAGUAGGGAAGCUUACAAGCUUACGACACUUAGAUCUAAGCUUCAAUUCUUUUCGUGGAGAAAUCCAUUCUGAAGUAGGGAUGCUUACAAGCUUGCAACAUCUAGAUCUGAGUGGAAAUUCUCUUCUUGGAGAAAUCCCUUCUGAAGUAGGGAAGCUUACAGCCUUACGAUAUCUAGAUCUAAGUUAUAAUGUGGCUAUUCAUGGAGAGAUCCCUUAUCACUUUAAGAAUCUCUCACAACUGCAAUAUCUUUGUCUUAGAGGACUUAAUCUUUCCGGACCAAUACCUUUGCGGGUUGGGAAUCUUCCUAUCUUGCAUACUCUUAGACUUGAAGGCAAUUUUGAUCUUAAAAUUAACGAUGCAAAGUGGCUAUCUUCUCUCUCUUUUUUAACAACUCUUGACCUGACAUCAUUGCAUAAUCUUGGCUCCUCUCGUUACUGGCAACAAAUGAUCGGUGAGCUUAUAACAAACUUGAGAGAGUUGAGUCUAGUUGAUUGUAAUCUCACUGAUGAAAGUGUUGUGCUAUCUGCUUCCAUUCAAAAUUCUUCAUCUCCUCUUGUGACCCUUAACCUUAAUGAUAACUCGUUAGAAGGUCCAAUACCUAAUCUUUCAAAUUUUACAUCUUUGAGGACAUUACAUCUUUCCAAUAAUGGGUUGCUACAUGAGUUGGAGUCUCUUCACCUACAGGAUAAUUACUUGGAGGGUGAUAUCAAUGAAUGGCAUCUCAACAAUUUGUCCAAAUUGGAGGAGUUAGACUUAACAGACAACUCGUUGUCUCUAAAGUUUGGUACUACAUGGGUUCCACCUUUCCAAUUAUAUAAUUUGGGACUAGCUUCUUGCAAGUUGUGUCCUAGUUUCCCAAGUUGGCUCCAAACUCAAAGUCACUUGGGCUUUCUAGAUAUCUCUGAUGCUGGGAUUGAUGACUUUGUGCCAGACUGGUUUUGGAACAAGUUACAGUCUAUAAGUUUGAUGAAUAUGUCUUACAACACUCUCAAAGGUACAAUUCCGAAUUUACCGAUCAAGCUUACUGAUGACUAUAAACUUAUAAUUCUAAAUUCAAAUCAACUUGAAGGUGAAAUUCCUGCUUUUUUAUCCCACGCCUAUGCAUUAGAUUUUUCCAACAAUAAGAUUUCAGGCUUAAACACAUUCUUGUGUGGAAAAAGAGCAAGUACAAACCUACACACUUUGGAUUUAUCAAGUAAUCGAAUAAUGGGACAACUGCCCAACUGUUGGGAACAUCUAAAUACAUUAGAAUUUCUUGAUCUAAGCAAUAAUAAAUUGUCAGGGAAGAUUCCACAGUCCAUGGGUACACUUGUUAAUUUGGAAGCUUUGGCCUUAAGACACAACAAUUUUAUUGGAGACCUACCAUUCACCUUGAAGAACUGCACUCGUUUAGAUAUACUAGACUUGAGUGAAAAUUUGUUGUCUGGUCCAAUACCAUCAUGGAUUGGACAAAGUUUACAACAAUUACAAAUCUUGAGCUUGCGUGUAAACCACUUUAAUGGAAGUGUUCCUGUUCAUCUCUGUUAUUUGAGGCAAAUUCAUAUCUUGGAUCUUUCAAGAAAUAACUUGUCAAAAGGAAUUCCAACUUGUCUAAGGAACUUUACUGCGAUGAUGGAAAGCAGAGUAAUCACAAGUCAAAUUGUAAGGGGGCGAAGAAUAUCAUCUAGAUCAAUCUCCCCUCUCAUUUAUGACUCUAAUGUGUUAUUGAUGUGGAAAGGUCAGGAUCAUAUGUAUUGGAAUCCAGAGAAUCUUCUAAAGAGCAUUGAUCUCUCAAGUAAUCAUUUAACAGGUGAAGUACCAAAAGAGCUUGGAUAUUUACUUGGAUUGGUAUCUUUGAAUUUAUCAAGAAACAACUUACAUGGACAAAUUCCUUCUGAGAUUGGGAAUUUAAAUUCGUUAGAAUUUCUUGACUUAUCAAGAAAUCAUAUCUCCAGAAAAAUUCCAUCUACUCUUUCCAAAAUUGACCGUCUUGCUGUCUUAGACUUAUCAAACAACGAUCUCAAUGGAAGAAUCCCUUGGGGAAGACAGUUGCAAACCUUUGAUGGCUCUAGUUUUGAAGGAAAUACGAAUCUUUGUGGUCAACAACUUAACAAAAGUUGUCCUGGAGAUAAGCCAAUAGGGACGCCUGAAGGAGAAGCAGUUGAUGGUGAAGAUGAAGAUUCAAUAUUCUAUGGAGCAUUAUAUAUGAGCUUGGGCCUAGGAUUCUUCACAGGCUUUUGGGGCUUAUUAGGGCCAAUACUACUUUGGAAACCAUGGAGAAUUGCUUACCAAAGAUUCUUGAUCAGACUCACAGACUAUAUACUUCUAAUGGUGGAAGUGAACAUGGCCAAGUGCCAUAUGUGGUUCAAAGGCUAGUAGUUUAUGGCGUAUUAGCUUCAAAAUUUCAAUCCGGGGUGAAAGCUUCUUGAAUAGCUGAAGGUGUACGAUAUGUACUAUGUAGUAUUGAUCGAUGUUUGCUAUGCAAUGCAAAAUAAGUGUUUGGAAAAACCUAUUGAUUUUGAUUGUCUUUUUAUUGUAUAAUCUCUUUUCAAGAAUGCCAGAUAUCAAAAUUAUGUUUGUUGAUCAGGCUAGUAUGUUCCGACUACUUAUUUAAGCCUGCAAAAUUUAAAUACUCAGCUUUACGACCUACAAAAUAAUGAUUAUAAUUACAUU